CCAGCUAUUUGAUUUGUUACCAAAUAUCCAACAUACAAUGACUUUGACGAAAGCCCAGAAGCAACGCCGCGUAGACCGGUUCUUUAGACGAAGACCGCAAAGAUGGACGGUCUCCUCCUUUGCCACUGACGUGGGCAAGGAAUACCCUCAGCCCAAUCGGGCGUGGAUGGGUGCAUUGACAAAAAUUUUGGGAGACGACUCCCGCAAGGACGCCGAGCGCGCCCGCGCGUCAACACUUUUAGAACGGCACGAUGCAAUUCAGAAAGAAUUGCUAAUUACGCUCUGCCGCCGGUCACGGCAGACUCCCGUGAAUAUCCAAAAUCGAAACGUUAUCAACGGAAACAGAUUUAACAACUCGGGCGACACGGCUAUCAGCCAAGCCACAACGAACGUGGCGCAGGAGCGCCACACGCCGCCGCCCAACUCUCCGAUACCUGAAACCGCGCCAGCUCUCAUCGCGGCGAUCCCUGAAACCGUUGACCCUGAUGCCGCUGGCGCGGCGGAGGUUGAAUUCCCUGCACCUCCGCCCAUCGCCCCGGCUCCCGACGCACCAGCUGCGCCACCCGUCGCCGCGGUCCCUGUUACAACAGUUGCCUUUGCUAGUGCUGUUGCUAGCGCUGUCGGUGCUGCCGCCGCUUCUGCGGUAUUUGCUUUCUUCCUUUGAGAAGUUAGUGUUUGUUUUUAUUAUAUGUAAUUAUAUUGGAAUAGUAUGAUUAUGUAUAAAGGACUUGUCGAAUAUAUCAGCUAUCCAAGA